AUGAGGAGAAAAACUGAAGUUUGCUUUUUCAAGCACGAUCUUCAGCAGCGUGGCUCAUUAACGGAGGAGAGUCAGGACGAUGCAGAGCAAGCCGAACAAGCUGCCCUUCGAGCAGAUACAAAUAGUGUAGACACAGAAGCAGAUCCGGAAUUCACGCUUCAAGAACUGCAGAGAGUGCUGGCAAGUCUGCCGCGAAAGAAAGCCCCCGGGACUGACGGCAUGGACUACACAAUCGUAAAAGCUACCCUAAAGGCAUACCCUACAUUCUUCGUAAGCUAUUUCAAUAAGCUUCUGUCAGUAGUAGGACUUUUUCCAACACCAUAUAAAAUAGGGCAAGUGGUAUUAUUCCUCAAGAAAAACAGAGAUCCUUCAGAAGCCUCAUCAUUCAGACCCAUCUGCCUUUUGUCGGCGAUGGGGAAGGUGUUGGAGAAGCUAAUCAUCAACAGACUGCGCCACCACUUGCAUCUCAACGGUUAUCUCAGCAGCAGCCAAUAUGGCUUCAGGACUGGUUCAUCGACGGUGCAUGCCCUCCAUAAUAUAAAGGAGGCAAUUCUGGAAAAUAGACACAGCGGCCACCACACGGCUAUGGUCAGCAUAGACCUAAAGAAUGCUUUCGAUACGCUGUGGUGGCCGGCUAUCAAGCAGGCAUUACGAAGGGCCAAUUGCCCAAGUAACAUAUAUAGUAUAAUAAGCAACUACCUGCAGGAUCGGAAGCUAUUAGCGGUGCAUAAUGCAGGCAUUAUCGAAAAGGUGCAAACUAGAGGAUGUCCGCAAGGAUCGUGCGCCGGGCCGCAUUUAUGGAACUUAACGUUCAAUGAAGUACUGACAGCGACGUGGCCGGCGCACACUAAAAUCAUUGCAUACGCGGAUGACGCGGCGCUUAUCGUAAAGGGUACCACGCGAGAAAAAUUACAGAAAAAUUGCAAUGAAGUUUGCGCGAUCUUUCAUGACCAGUGUACCAAACUUAAGCUCACAAUUGCAGAACAUAAGUCAAAAGUCCUUUUAAUUCCGAAAAAAGGAGGAUCCUUAGUAAGACGCCCCACCAUAAAGAUUAACAACCAACGCCUGCAGAUAGUGGACCAGCUAAGAUAUUUAGGGGUCACUUUUGAUCAUAAGAUGACCUGGAUCCCUCACGUGCAGGAUCUCAAACUCCGGACGGCAGCCAUAGCCAAACAAAUGAAACUCUUUUAUGGUCACAAAUGGGGGCUUAACCCCCAUAUUCAAAAGGUAUUGUACACGACAGUCAUCGAGAAGAUAGUGACGUAUGCUGCCGCAGUAUGGGCCUACCCAAUGCAAGGAAGGAAGGUCAGACAUCUUAACAGCAUACAACGACCAUUCGCAUUGGGAAUCACACGGGCCUACCGCACCACCUCCACCGAUGCCAUUAACGUACUUGCUGGUCUCCUUCCCCUGCACAUCCGGGUUGAGGAGGAGGCAGCACGCCAACACAUUUUGCAACUUAAGAAGGCAGUUACUUUUGACGAUGAAACAUACUACCCGGAUGAGUACGAAACAAACUUCUGCCCUCUUGACGUCCACCCGGCAGAGAAAGGCAAAGGGAUACUUAUCUCAAUUAAUCCCACUGCAACUCAUCACUCAAGGGAAAUGACCAUCUAUACAGACGGGUCUAGAUUGGACGAAAGAGUGGGAUGCGCCUAUGUCGCCACGAAACAAGACAACGCAAUCGAGAAAUGGAAGGGACAGUUAAGACAACAUAACAGUGUCUUUCAAAGCGAAGCAGUGGCAAUUGCACAAGCGAUUCGCUACCUGCACUCGCACCAGCAUAGCCAUGUCACCAUUAAAACGGACAGCUUAUCAUCGUUAUAUGCCAUUUGGAAUGCAGAUCAUCCCUCGGAGAUUAUACAGGGAAUCCAGAGAGAUCUUAGAAGUAACCCCCAGUACCGCACAAAAUUAGAGUGGAUAAAGGCUCAUGUUGGCCACUAUGGCAAUGAACUUGCCGACCAACUCGCCAAAGAGGCAACAACUGACCCGCCUGAUGCACCAAUUAUCAUCCCAUGGCCGCAUUCGUAUUUAAAGAAGACACUACGCCUAAGGGCUACUGGCAUGUGGCAGAACGAAUGGGACCAAAGCACCACAGGGAGAAGGACCCACUACUUCAUCGGCUAUGUGGACACUAGCCGAAAUGUAGCGAACGCACAGUUGGAAUUAGGUUAUUCUUCAAAAUUGUUACAAAGUAUAGUACUUCUUCUUGGAGGUGUUUGUUAUAGUAGCCAAAAGGGAUAUGGUACCGUUGUAUAUUUGAGACACAAUGAAAAUGAGCUAACAAAAACAUCAUUUUUUGUGUCCAAAGCAAGAGUUGCUCCCAUACAAAAGGUUAUGUUACCUCGACUGGAGCUUUUAGGAGCAGUCAUAGGAGCUCGACUCAUCACAUACAUUCGACAUUCGUUGAAAAAUAUAGAAAUGAAGAUUUAUAUGUGGACAGAUUCAGAAGCUGAUCCAAUGAAAUGGAAACCAUUUACGAGAGGGCAAAAGGUAGAAACCCUUUCAAAAAAUGAACUGUGGUGGUUUGGCUCACCUUGGCUUGUUAAAGAUAACAACAUUUGCCCCAGAUCUUCAAGAAAUUUUAAUGAAGAUGAUAAAAUAACAAAUUCUGAGAAACGAAAAGGAAAGAAGCAAGAAGUCUUAACAGCAAACUGUACUGUUGAAAACAGCGAACCUAUCAUUCCUAUCAAGAACUUCAGUGACAUAAAAGAGA